AUGGUCCAACUGCAUCCCCCUGGAAGCGGCUUUAACGGCCCUUGGUGGAACGGGUCCGUGGUGGUGGUGGUGGCCGUGGCGGCCUUGGUGAUGGUGGUGAUUGCGGAGCUUGCGGUGGUGAUGGAGGCCGCGGUGGUGGCGGUGGUGGUUGCGGUGGUUGUGGUGACGGUGGUGGUAAUGGUGACGGUCGAGGUGACGGUGGUAGUGGUCGAGGUGAUGGUGGUAAUCGUGGGGGUGAAGGCCUUGGUGGCAGUGGUGGUGGUUGUGGACUUGGAGGUGGAGACGGCUGGGUGUGACAGUCGCUACGGGCUUUCCGUCUACAUCAUCCCAUCGCUCAAACCUCGCCACCAGUCCGCUGUCUCGCUCUUCAACUACCUCGCCUUGUCGUGCAAGACCCUCCAGGAAAGUUCGCCUGUACAAACUAGUCACGUUAUUGUCUGUACCAGCGUAGCUGUGUAG